AUGUUAUAUUGCUUAUUUCUGUUAUUUUCAUUGGGAAUAGUUCUUUCAAUCACAAAUUAUGAAGAAACAAAAUAUAAAACCAGUAUUUAUAAAACGUCACUGAAAACACCGUACAACUUACAACUUACUUACAAGAAAGCUUUAAGAACUAUUGAAAAUGUAAAAAGGAAUAACGAUUACAACUAUCCAGAUUGGGAAGAGGCAACUCCAGAUCAAUACGACUUUUUAUUUACAACAAAACCCAAUUCAUCACCAGAAACAUCUCUGAUAAUAACUAAUAGCGAAACGUCUUCUUCAUCUAUACCUUCUUCUCUAUCUCCUUCUACUUCCAAUGAAACUACCUCUUCAACUGUAGUAGAAAAUACACGUACCUUUAUUACUCCUAGUAUAAGAACUACAUAUACUACUGUAGCCAUAAAUGCAUCUUCUACUGUAUUGAAUUCUACAACUGUAACAUCUACUUCUACAAUCAAGACAGAGUUGACUGAUUUUCCAGAAGUGACUACAGAAGAUAUUUUUAAGAGCACCACAACGAGUGUAGCUGUAACAAUAUCAACUCACAAUCCCAUCGUUGAUGAUAUACGAAAUACAAAACGGGAAGGAUUUUUUACAGCCAGUUUGUUGGUGCUGUUGAGAACCGCAUAUGCCAAAGACCCUAAUGAUCUUGCACCAUUAAUAUUUACUUUACAUACUGAAGUUGUAAGAAAUAUAAAUAUAGUUAAAGAUCUUUGCAGAAUGAACGCAAAUCAUGAACUUAACAUGUUCGGGCCUGUGGUGGUGGAGCUGUUCACGUCCAUGGUGAGAGUUGCUGCCACAACGAAUUUGGAACUUGUACGAACACAAAUAGACUACACCGCUGUAGUCCUAGAUGAUAGAAGAAACAAAAUUUUACCCGACCUCAAUGCUGUUUUUGACGUGGUUGACAACAUAUAUAAUGAAGAUGAUCUCAAAAAUAUUGCUAAUGCCAUAAAAGAUGUUAAAGAUUAUCCUGAGGUACAGCAAGAAGCUAAAGAAAUAGUUCAAGAGUUGUUUCAAGCCUUUCUAUUUAUACCGCAUGGGAGAAUUCAAGAAGAAUCAAAUAGAAGACGUAAUCAAAUACGAAAAACAAAACAACCAAUUUUGAGUACAAGUCCAGUUGACUUCAUGGAAGACUGGAACUACGUUAAAAAUGCGACUAUAAUGGAAGAUGUAAAGCAUCGGAUGAAGAAAUAUAAGAAGAAAUUCAAACACAUAAAGAAGAAUGAGAAGGAGAAGUUUAGAGGACCGACAACUACUACAACUACGACUACCACAACUAUAAGACCAAAAAUGCACAAAAGCAAUUACUACAUAAGGAAAUACGUGAGGAAAAACCUGUACAAGAUGAAGACAACCACUAAAAAGACAACCAGAUUCAGAUACAGAUACUAUGGGAAAAUCAGAAAGUUCAAUAUUGCAUAUUCCAAAAGUAAUGAUGUAUAUUCUAAAAGUGAGAGUGAAGGAUAUUAUUCUGAUGAUAAUAUUGGAAGUGAUGAAUCUCCUAUUUCUUUAGAAGAUAAUGAAGAUAAGGCUAAAGAAACAACGCCAUUGUUUAUAUUUAACAAUAAGUAUGAAGGACCACUAACCGUUAAGGCAAUAACAGAAGAUUCUAAAAACGAAGGAAUCGUAAAAAAUUUGGAUGUUAGUGACAGUGACCCAGAAUUAAAAUUCAAACUAAAUCUAAAAGAUGCACUGAUACACAGUGACUUCAAAAUUACUAAUCACAGAAGGUUUUUAGAGCAAAAAGCUAAUAAAAUAAAGCAUAAUACCUUCAGUGAUGAUGAGGUUGUGUUAAAAAGAGGUAUAUAUAAGGUGUUUGGAUAUAAAGAUAAUUUUGCUGAAAUGAUUAAGCAGAAAAAAAAUAGGCAAUUUUAUAAAGAUAGC